GGACAUUUUGAUACUCACCUGUAGUAAUGACCUCAGCAUGUGGGAAAGAACGUCACCAUCACCUUGGCUACAGGAUCCUGUCUUGGUGAAGGCCGGGUAGAGUUCGGGGGGAGAGAGGCAGGCAAAACCGUGUCAGGCAUCCCACAUCCUGAGUAGGCCUACUGUAUGCACUCACAGAUCAAGUUCCACAUGCAAGUGCUAGGUUUCUCCAUUCAGCUGUUACUCAUUCCAUCCAGUUGCCAGGAAUGUGAACUUCAUAAGAAGAAACAGAAGUUACAGCAGAAGGCUCUGCAGCAACCUAAGCAGAAGAAAUCCAAGUCGGCUGAAUUUCUGAUGGGCGGAAUGGAGGAGAGUGCUGUGGUGGAAGGCAUUGAAAACCCUGUAUUCGAUGGCAGCUACAGCACAGAGCUUUCAGCUUCUCAGGCUUCAGCAGGGAGAGAAAUUCAACGUGACAGGCAAGAUAGCACCCUUGCAGCUCACCAACAAAAAAUGGAGCUGCGAGCCCCUGCCAAACCAAGAGUUUCCACAGGAAAUGAGCGUGCCCGAAAUUACUUUGACCCAGCGCUGGUGCAGGAAACCAACCCAAGGCAGUGCGGGAUGGCGGAGGUCGGCACAGAAGAUGAGCUGGAAUUAAAAAUAAUGAACCAAGAUGAAAAGGGCCUAUAUCAGAAAAUGGCUGAAAUGCUGGACGCUGACGACGACAUAACCAUCAUAGAGUUACCAGGUAUGGCGCUCGCCCACAGGGAGGAGGAAGAGGUGUGGAAGGUGAGGGCCGGUGAUCCAACGCUGCGUGUCGAUGCCGGUGCUGCAGGCCGUGGGCGCUUCAUGGCGGCAGUGGAAGAAGGGGAAGAAGAGGUGAUCCCCCGCUACGCUCAGCAGCUAAGGGAGCGCAUGCUGCCUGACAUGAUCACGCUUGGCAGCCUUUCACUGGAACAGGAUACACAUCUUCAAAGAGAAGGGAUGUCUCAGGAAAAUGAGUGGGUGAGGAAGAAAAGACUAAUGUCCUUCUUAAGGGGAAAUGCAAAGGAACCCCAGGCCCAGUCACACAGAGACUGUGACCAACAGGAGAGGAUACUGCAAGACAGGCUGUAUGCAGCGUUCCAACGCGCAGAGAGCCAGUUGCUGAAGGCGCUGAGGGAGCGCAAAGGUGAAGUGAUCGCCAAAUACGGCGAGAUGACAGAAGCCUCCGCAGCAGCAGAAUCACCGUGGGCCAGGGAGCCAGGCCUCGGCUGGCAGGUGGAGUGGUCGCAGAGUCCUCAGCCCAUGGAAGUGCGUGUGCGCUGCCUACGGGCAGUCAGGGACAAGCUGCCCAGGGGCCUUUACAGCCUCAGUGUGGCCCUCCACAGCCGUCUGGGAGGCCCCGCCCUCACCUGGUCCUGUCUGAAGGAGGAGCAGUGGGCUGGGACCACAGAGCCUGUGGAGCACAGGGGCCACUUCUACGACACAGAGCUGCACGUCAACCAGAGCCUGUUCACUAUCCUGCCUGCGUCGUGUGACAUGCUGCCCUCCAUGGUCCUGCUGUUCAGGCUGCUGGGCCUGACGGGGGAGCGGAGCCCGGUCGGCACCACACUGGGCUGGGCCGCCUUCCCUGUUUGCCACGCCACCCUCACAACUGUCCAGGGGCGCUUCAAGACCCCCAUCCUCAGGGGGCUCCCGCACCCCCACCUCGACCAGUUCCGCAAGAUAGAAGGCCUUAUGUCAGCCGACCUGGACAACUGGCUGUGUAACCUGUACUUCCAGGUGAGGAAGCUCCCCAGUGGAAGCUCCAGAAGGGAUGAGGAGCACAGUGUCACCCUGCAGAUCCCACCUCUCCUCGUCCCCCCUUCGCCCCCCCAGGCAGGCCCAAGCGGCACCAGCCCCAGCCGGGGGAGAGGCGGCAUCAAGCCGUGUCACCGGGGGUCCCCUCUCCACCUGUCUGCCUCACACUCCUCCUCUGCCUGCUCCUCCUCCACUCUGCCAGGGAAGAACUCCACAGUAGUGGUCCCUGAGAAAAUAGAGGAGAUGAGAGAUCCCUACACAGAGAAAGCAGAGACAUGGAUGCACUACAAGAAGAAGCCAAUCAACAAAAUAAAUAGCUCGAGCGCCCAUGUGAGAGGGAGCGCGGCACCUCCACCGCUUCUGCAGGGCCAGGCUGACAAACAGGAGACAGCAGCUCCGGCUGCAGCAUCAUCGGAGAAGAGGGAGAAUCUCUGGGCUAAGGAGAUGGAGGAGUAUACGUUCUCCCUACAAUUCCAGUUCCAUGCUCACACCGUGGAGCUGGUCUACCAGAAUUCCUUGCUUCAUACCCGCGAGGAGUUGGCUAUGGUCGUGGUGGGACCUCUGACCUUGAACGCCGUAACGUUGCUGCUGCUCCUGAUCAGAUGGGGCUGUCAGCUAGCGUUUGGCUCACUCCCCUCCUUCACGUCAAACUUUAUCAUGGCUUUGGGAGUGUGGACAGUGCUGGACCCGCUGGCGGUCUUUGUAGUGGAUGCCGUCCUGGGGCGUCUGUCCUACAGUGCAGAGUCUCCUGUUGCGGAUGCAGCCAAGCUCUACUGGCACUUCUACCGGACCGACCAAUCAGGGGCAGCUGGAGUGGUCAUCACCCUCUUCCUCUAUACCAUCCUCUUCCUCCUCUCCACCACCAUCCUCUACCUCUACUUCCUCAGACUCCACAACGAGGGGCGCAUGCUGGACAUCUUCCAGCGUCUCAGCGUGACCGAGGGAUCCUUCUUCGUCCCCCGGGACCUGGAGGUGUCCAACCAGGAACUAGACUACAUCAUCCAGAAGGCCGAGCAGUGGAGGGGCUUCAACGGAGAAAGACGCAAGGUGUCAGUGUAUGACUACAUCUGGACAGAGGAGGGCCCCUUGGCGGGCUGUGCCCCCCCCAGGUGUGACCCUCGUGGGGCCGUGCCCGCUGCAGGGGGCGAGAGCAGUACCCACGUGUCUGUCUACACCCUCUACCUGAGCGGGCAGCGCCACCGUUACAGGCACUUCCUACGCCAGCCGGACGGUGCCAUCCUAGAGGUGAUUGGUGACAUGGAUGGGGCAGAGCCUCCUCUCAGCACUAUGCCCCGCCCAGGUCAGAGGACGCCAGAGGUGAACCAGGAAGACGAAGGCACAAGCUCCACCCUCCAACUCAGGGAGAGGAAAAGGAGGAAGCCUGUUUGGCGUACUCAUCGCGUUGAGCCAGUAGGAGACAGUGGGCAUGGCUCGAUCUGCACUGCAAGGCCUUAGCCACUAAUGUCACUGUGAAGUGAAACAAAGCAGGAGAGGACACCCAGAGGACCAUUGGUACAGGCCAUACGUGCGGCUGCUCGGCCCUGAAAGAGACACAAUAGAAAUGGCGAUUGAAAUCAGGCUCGGGCCACGUGUAUCUGAGAUGUUGGGGGGUGUCGGUGGAAGAUGGGGGUUAAUUUCAAAGCUGAUGAAUAUCAAAUGAACAAGAGAAAGGUCGGUAACCUGAAACCGGCAGCUUCUCUUUCUCUCUCUCUCUCUCUAUCUCUCUCUCUCUCUUUUCUCUCCUCUCUCUCUUGUCUCUCUUCUCUCCUCUCUAUCUCUCUUUUCUCUCCUCCCCCUCUCGCUCUUUCUCUUUUCUCUCUGUCUCUUUUCUGUCCACUUUCUCUCUGUCUCUCUGUCUCUCCUCUAUAUUUCUCUCUCUCUCUCUCUCUCUCUCUCUCUCUCUCUCUCUCUCUCUCUCUCUCUCUCUCUCUCUCUCUGUCUCUUCUCUCUUUCUCUCUCAUUCUCUCUAUAUUUCUCUGUCUCUUUUCUCUCCUCUUUCUCUGUCUCUUUCUCUCUUCUGUAUUUCUCUCUCUAUCUCUCUCUCCACUCUCUGUCUCUCUUUCUCUUUUCUCUCUGUUUUUAUGGUGUAAGGUUGGGUUUUUUGUUAUCUUUUGAGUGUGAAUAGAGUGUGAUGGGUGAUGGUGAGGCAUGAGGAGGAGAGGACUGUGUUGAAGCGCCACCUAGUGUCACGGAGCUGAAUGUCACCUGGAGCACAGAGGGAGGAGAGAAAGGUGAAAACAAAGGCCUUGACCAGUGUUAAGGCCUUUGUUUUUUACUCGACCUGGAGAGAAUAUCCAUCCUAUGAAAUAUUGCUCUAUCACUUCAAAAAUAUAGAUUUAUAAACAAAUACAGACGGUUUAUGUUUGUAAUUAGAGGUACAAUGACGUCUUGUGUCAGAACUAGUUUUAGCAGGAACAGUUGUCAUACUGUAGGAAGUGCGUUUCUAUUAGCCUUAAGAACAAGUGUUCCAGUGUUGCUGGAAACGUUUCGUGCACAAAUUAAAGUUGUAUAAAUAUCUCCUUGGUUGCCAUUAUGUGUAGAGUUACAGGUAAAAGAGCUCAGCUUGGUCUGCAGUCAUUUGAUAGUCACCAGCCACCAGCAGCCACCAGUGACAAUAGCCUUGGAUAAUUACUACAAGUCAAUGAGUAAAGUUUUCCCAAUCGUUCAAUGUGCCCUUGAAUCCAGCACUGUCAACACGGAUUCAUCGUUGACAUUUGCUCCGAGUUAUACCCAUCGCCAUCAAGCCUCAGCUACCAGGAGACUGACAGUGACAUGAUGCUGUCACAAAGCAUAACGGUAACAUCCACUGAGCCCCCCCCUGUCACUCCGACCCUUGGCCUCAGGGCUGCUCCCUAGCCCAUUUAGGUUUAUCACAACAAUGAAAAUUAGCAUUAUACAGACGCCUGUGCACAUCGCCCCUUCUAGGGUAUUUGCCCGGGCUGGAGUGACAGUGUCACCUUCUUAUCUAAGAUGAUGUUGUAUAGACAGAGACAUUUAGCGAAGAGAUAGCAUGGGGAUUUGGUGGGACUACCGUCUGUGGUGCUUUGUCACUUUAGAUGAAUUGUGGAAGGGAUUAUUAUCAUGAUCAUUUUUAUAUUAUGUUUCCUGGCAUGUAGCCAGCGCCCUGUCGCUUGAUGUGUUUGUGGAUUACAUUUACCGAUAGGCCUCGUGAUAGUCAAUGAUUCAACUGCAUUUUUCCUGUUAUGAAUCAAAAAACAUUUUGGAUAAUACGGUCCCUUUUCCCUUUAUCCUGUGUGUUAUGUGCUUACAAAUGUUCUGUGUAACUACAUGAAUUAAGUCUAUAGAGACCCAUGAAUCUUAGUUGGCAGAACUUAAAUAUGGAAUGCUCAUGGAUGUGUACAUUCCUUAAUAAUGUGCUUUAAUGCAAUUGGUCCCAAUAAACCUCAGGAAUGUGUUCAAAUUUGUGCUGUAUGUUUCAAGUAGGUAAUUGGGGCUUGAGCACAUCUCCAAACCAUUUUUUUGACAAUUCCAUGUUAGCUCAAGAAUCUAUGUUAGCUUCUGUUGUUGACUGCACUGUCAAAAUGAAAAGUCUCAGUCUGUUUCAAAACAGCCACAGGUAGAACAUGGAGGGCAGUAAAAACAGAUAUUAAAUAAAGAUCAGUAAAGGUAGCGCUAGGGAGAAAAUGGAGGACGGACCUCCGCAGAACUUUUCUCCAAUUAUAAAACAUAUUUAAAACAACA